CCGUGAUGUGUUGCCUUUCAAGGGGCCCAGAAAUAAUGGAGCCAGCCACUGAUCAAGAUCUAUGAAACUCUCGUUGAAAUUCAACCUCAUCUUGGUUUUGUCGCUGUCCAUGGCACAGGUGUUGUGGAGUUAUCCUGUCCUCUCUUCCAAGGUGCCUGCGAAACCUGAUUACUUUCUCAUCCUACUGAGCAGCUGCCCAACCAGGAUGGAGGAGAGCGACGGGCUAGCUUUCCUAAAGUCAAUUUUGGAGAAGACAUCGAUGAAAAGGUCCUUUCGCAACGGAGUCGGCUCGGGGGUGAAAAAAACUUCAUUUCAAAGAGCAAAGCAAUGAAUAAGUGCGCAAAGGACUCUGGGAAUGAAUCUCCGGCUAUGUAGAGUGUGACUGAUGCAUCCUACCAUGCGAUGUUGCUCCCCUCCCCAUCCUCAGAUGAUGCCCUCUUUCCUAACAGCUCAGAGGAAAUUAAG